GUCAUGUCCAGUAAGUAAACGCGUGUACCAUAUAAAAAAUUCAUUGCAGGUGGCGUACUAUGUAGGUAAGUCAAACAAGUGAAUAAAGAGCUUGACUGUGCAGGCCUACUGCCUACAUCUGGGGUAUUUCAUAACUGGGUGUAUAGAAUUAUAUACUAACCUAGCCAGAGACCAAGACUAUGGCUUUUUAGCAGCUAAGCUCGGGAAAAGCAUGAAUACGUCGAAUUAAGAAUUAACGACAUUAUUAUUUAUUUAUCUUUAUAUCACACAGGUGAGUGUCUUAUAAUCUAUGCCCCACAAAAACGUUGGAAUAGUUAGUACGUACAUACAUGUACCUACCUAGAGUUAAAAUAGAUUCUAUGGUAUUAUGACUCCUCUGGUGUUGCGGGUGUCCAUGAACGGCGCUGAUCGCUAACCAUCAGGUGAUCCGUCUGCUCGUUUGCCUCCUGUUUGUAAGUAGGUACUUUAUCAAUAUUAAUCAUCAGGAAAUAUCUGCAAAUCAGAUAAAUUGUGUUUAAUUUUCUAAAUCUAACUGAUAAGGUUCUAUGUAAAACUAUUUACUAUCGUGAAACAAGUACCUUCUUAUACAGGAAUCAACUAUCUUAUCUAUAACAAAGACUUCCUACAAAAAGUAAAUAAACUUAUCUAUCAGAAACGAAAUAAUUAGUGUUUUAAUCAAAUGAACAAUACAACUUUCAUCCAAAUUACUAAACGAAAAAUAAAUCACUCAUAAUUUUCUGAACGUUAACGUUAUGUCAUUGUCAAAACGAUGUUAUUGACAGUGACGUGUUGUGUGUACUAUAUUGUCAAUGUCAUCAGUCAUGUCAUUAUUUCAGUCAGUCAGUCAGUACUACUGCAAUAGCAAAACAGUGGAGUUGAAAGAACGAGUGAUUUAUUAAUUUAAUAAUAAUUUCCACGUAAAAAUAAUGUGCUUCUAUAAUAAACCUGUAAAUAUUAGACAGGAAGCAUAAAUGAAUCGACGAAUUAUCUUUAUGGGAUACAGCUUAUCCAGCUCAAAAUGUCUCGGUAUUUGUUUGAUGUUGACUUUUGUAAUGGGGUGUUAUUUGGCUGCUUUACCUAUUCAAUACGAACGAGAGGCCCUACCUAACCCAGUACGACAACGAAUAACAUCUUUAGAACCGUCGAAAAAACGUCUUGCAGUGCUCGUGCCUUUCCGUGAUCGCUUUGAAGAACUCUUAGAAUUCGUACCACACAUGUACAGCUUCUUGAACCGCCAAAAAAUACCAUUUCACAUAUUUAUAGUGCAGCAAAAAGACAACAAUCGUUUUAACAGAGCUUCGUUAAUUAAUGUUGGGUUUAUCUACUCUAAAAAGGACUAUGACUACUUGGCAAUGCAUGAUGUGGACUUAUUGCCAAUGAAUGAUAACUUAAAGUAUGAUUAUCCUGCGGCAGGACCGAUGCACAUAUCGUCUCCGAAGACGCACCCGAAAUAUCACUAUGAUACAUUUAUUGGAGGCAUUUUGUUAGUGACCAGAGAACAGUAUGAGUUAGUCAAUGGGAUGUCUAACAACUAUUGGGGGUGGGGAUUGGAAGAUGACGAAUUUUACGUGAGAUUAAAAGACGCAAACUUGACUGUGAUGAGACCGAGCAAUAUUAGUACUGGAAUUGAUAAUACUUUUAAACAUAUCCAUGACAAAACAUAUAGGAAACGUGAUAUGCGGAAAUGUUACAACCAACGCGAGGUAACCCGUCGCCGUGAUCGUGAAACUGGCAUCCAUGACGUGUCAUACAAGUUGCACAAUACACACACCGUAGCCGUCGACGGGUUAAACGUCACAGUUUUGAAUGUAGAACUCAUUUGUGAUAAAAACAAAACUCCAUGGUGUCAGUGUCCGGAACCUAUAAAGGCAGCUAAGAAAAAUUGAAUUUGAAAAUGGAACUGAGGAAUGGUUGUUUUUUUUUAUCAUAGACUAAAAAUACUCGUUAUUGAGAAGUUUUAAUAGGAAAUUCUCUUUGGCAUGUGGUCAUAAGAACAACUGUUGAGAACAGGAGAAGAAUGCAGGUUCAGAUCCUAUUCUCUGAUUCUGAAAUUACACUUAUUGUAGGGUGUGCACUGCGCAUUUAAUAAAUUUGCAAUAAUAACGAUCAAUUAUUAAUGUACUUAGGGCUCCCCUGCAUAAAAGUAGGAUUACUUAAGUGUGUAUGGCUACACUUACUAUUGCAAUAGUAAAAUUCUUGGUUGUGUAAAAGUAUUGAAUGUCUCUUUAAUUAAUUUAAACUAUUUAUAUCAAAAUAUUGUAUUUAAUUAAAAUAAUCCUCUAUUGUAAUAAAUACCUGUAUUAGACAAGUAAUGUAAAGACAUCAACGCACAUCAAUCUACCCCAGUAAGUUCUUUCAUGCAUUUUCAACCUUGAUCUAUUUGCAAUAAGGGUGAAAAUGUGAUAAAGAAUUUUAGGUUUGUCACUUUACAUUAGAUUUAUUUAAAGAAAUGCCUAAAAGCAAAUAAGUGCGUCUCUGCCUUCCCCUGCAGGGUAAGGAGUUAUGUUAUAUUUUGUUUGUCUUGUCUUAUUUAUAUUCAUAUAAUAUCGAUAUAAGACUGUAUUUAGUUGUUAUUAUAAACUUAUUAUACUCUAAACCUAGUCUAGUAACUCAAGUCGCCAUUAUACCCACUACAUUUAUAUAGAAUCAUAACAAAAGGUUUUUCAUGUUUUCGGUUUAAUUUUAGGCAUUUAACAUAUCCCGGAAUUAUUUUUCUACAAUAUCUAUCGAUAUACUAAACUAGAAAACCUGAUCAUUCCACUUAAAUACUCAAAUCACAAAAAUGAAGACAAUGGUCUUACGGCUCGCUCGACAAGUUUCGUACGAAAGCGGAGCCCUCAAAAAUGAAUUCGCCGAACAAUAUUCAACACGAUGAACUAUGUACAAUAUCCGUUGAAUUAUUAUUUUUUAGCAUAGUAAGUAUAUCAAAAGGUUGUUCUAAAUUUGUUUGUCCAUGUAUGUGACCAAAAUAUUAUAUUAGAUAAUGAUGUAUUAACUAUUCUACGUGUAUCAUCGUUUUUGUAAUAUUAAAAUUCGUUAUUUUUGUA